AAGAAGCUUAUUGACAUCCCCUCCUCCUCCUACAAUCAGCUGUGAGAGAGAGAGAGAUAGAGAGAGAGGGAGAGAGAGAGCAGUAAUUUGUAUAUUUCUCUCCGCUUGCAUCGACUUCACUUCGUCCAUACAUCUCUCCCUCUUCUCCGUCUCCUCAAUCUCCUCACCAAGCUAUCUUCUUUCUUAAUCUCAGACACCAUUAAAGGGCAUUCUUGACAGCGUGCACACAAGAGAUGUCUGUAGACAUGUAAACGUGACUUCUUUACGUAGUCAAAUAAAUUGUUGAAUCAAGAUGGGGCCUUACUUUUUGUAUUUGUUGUUUUAAAGAUAAUGGGAGAUGAUGGUGCUCAGAAAAUUCCUAGGGCAGGUGAGGCUGAAGGUUCAGAGACGACAAUUGAAAUAAAAAUAAAAACUUUGGACUCUCAAACAUAUACUUUAAGAGUGGACAAACAGAUGCCAGUUCCUGCUUUGAAAGAACAGAUUGCUUCUGUCACAGGCGUGUUAUCAGAACAACAACGUUUAAUAUGCCGCGGAAAAGUUUUAAAGGAUGAUCAACUACUCUCUGCAUAUCAUGUUGAAGAUGGGCAUACCUUGCACCUGGUAGUCAGGCAACCUCUUCUGCCAUCUUCUGAUGGCAUGCCCAAUCAUUCAGCAACUGAUCCUGCUUCAAGUACAAGUCGUGGUCAUGUGGCCCCUAGUGUUGUAAUAGAAACUUUUAGUGUGCCUGAUCAAGGUGAUGGAGUUCCUCUCGAAAUCAGUAGGAUUGUUUCUGCUGUUCUUGGUUCAUUUGGAUUUCAAAAUAUUGGAAGUGGCAAUGAAGGACUUGAUGCUGCAAGGCGUGGACAGCAUAGAUCACCAGCUGCUAGUGGUACACCAGAUGCAGCUGGGCUGCUACCUGAGCAAGCUGGCAGCAGGGUUCAAUCUGAUAGAUCACAAAGUGCUUUUGGCCUUCCAACAGGAGUAUCUUUGGAGUCUUUGAAUCCCCUUGUAAUUCCUGAUUCUUUGACAACUUUGACCCAAUAUCUGAGUCUUAUGAGGCGUGAAUUCAAUGCUAUCGGCAGAGUGGGGGAAGAUAUUGCUCAAGGAGAGGCUAUACAGAGGACUGAGCAAAGAGACUCUGAUUCCACAUCAAGAUCAGGAACUGUACAAGAACCGCUUCCAACACCUGCAUCCUUGGCUGAAGUGAUGCUGUCUAGCAGACAAUUUAUCAAUGGACAAGUUGCAGAAUGCUUACAACAACUUGCGAGGCAACUAGAGAGUCAAGCAAAUGUUACUGAUCCUGCAUCACGGUUGAGCACUCAGUCCAGUGCAUGGAGGACUGGAGUUCAACUUCAUAAUUUAGGUGCAUUUCUACUUGAACUUGGACGGACUACAAUGACUCUUCGACUAGGUCAAGCACCGUCAGACGCUGUGGUCAAUGCGGGUCCUGCAGUUUUCAUAAAUCAAUCUGGUCCUAAUCCUCUAAUGGUUCAGCCUCUUCCUUUUCAACCAGGAGCAGGCUUUGGUGCCGUCCCUGUGGGAUCUGUGCAGCCUGGAUCCGGUUUAGUCAAUGGUAUAGGUACUGGGUUUCUUCCGAGGCGUAUUGAUAUACAAAUUCGAAGAGGUUCCUCAACGGCCUCCCCCAAUCUUAACCGUGAGGAACAGGGUGAUACUCAGCAGCCCUCAGGGCAGAGAAACCAGCCAACAGGUUCUGGUGGUGAAAAUCUUGGCAAUCAAACAACAUCUAGGAUAACGGAGAGUUCAGCUUUUGGUGGAGAGACUGGAGUGCGGGUUGUACCAAUCAGAACCAUGGUUGCAGCAGUUCCUGGUCCAUUCAGUCGCCUUCCUUCUGAUUCUCCUAAUAAUUCUAUAGGAUUAUAUUAUCCUCUUCUUGGAAGAUUCCAGCAUGUCAGUGGUGCACGAGGAUCUCAGGCAUCCGGUGAGCAUCAUUCUGCUGGUGUUCAGACUGAGCAGCAUUCAACUUCUGAACCUGCUGUGCAACGGCUAAGUGCUGAACAUCAGAUAAGAGAUGGAUCAAUACCAAGUUCCAACUUAAGACAACAGGAGCCUUCAAGUACUCGUAGCAUAAAUAUCAACAUUCUGUCAGCUGGUGGAACCCAAAACAAUCCUGAAUCUGAGAGACAGAACAGUAUUUUGCAGCUUCUAAGGAACCUCCUUCCAGUUGGGGAAAUCCAGGUGGAGGAUGCAGGCUUACAGGGAACAGCUACUGGUUCUAGCCCUGAGAAUGGAGGGGCAUCCUCUGCCCCUGUUGAAGCACAAUCAGGAGUUACUGAUGAAGGGGUAUUUUUAUCUAAUUUGCUUCAUGAAAUUAUGCCAAUCAUAUCUGAACGUGGGGCUGCAGAACCAAAUGCUAUUCCUCAGGGAGAUCUGCAUGACAUUGAGCAUCAAAGAGCUCAAAGUUCUUCUACCCAGGCUGAAACCUCUGAUACUGGGGCAUCCCGUCACCGUAGUGAUAUUGAACCCAGCCCUCCAAAUUCAAAACGUCAAAAAACGGAGUGAUUUAACAGGAAGGAGGAUUUAAGUGAUGCAUUGCUGAUAUUGUGAUUAAUGAUCGAGAGGGCUAUGAAUAAUAAAUUUGCUCUAGCGGUGAAUGCAGCUUGUCAUAUUCUGUCAAAUGUGGUGCUUCUUGUAUUUUCCAUUGCAAACAGGAUGGCAUGAGAUUUCGUUUAGUUGAUAGGCAAUGUCCUGAAAAGAGAUACUGGUUUUCUUUCUCAACAUGUAUCAUCCUAGUAUUGUAUUGCUUUAGCACUGGACUCAAAAUCUUUUAUAGGCCUAUUGACAUCCAAGGGCGUUUUACGUGGAA